AUGUUCUCCUACAGCAGUCCACAAGUAUCAAGAUGAAUUAGAAGAAUUGUUUGCUGAUUAGCUAACUCAAGUUGUUGGAAUUCCCAGGGUUGCUAAGGUAAGGUUUUAUAUAUUAUCGGAGGUGUGUUUAGUGCGGUCAAGCUAUUAUAUUGUUCGGAUCAUGGGUUGAUAUAGUAUUUAAGUUAUUUAACAUUUUUAAAGGUUCUUCGGAUAUUGUUUUUAAUGUUAUUUUUUAUAACACUGAAUUUUUAAGAUUCUAAUGCUAUCAUUUUGGAAAAGAACUUAAAAUUUUUUUAAAUAUUGGUCUAAAUGUGAGAUUAUGUUACUUUUCUUUCAGUACGGUUUCUUUAAAUUCUACUUCUUUGACGUUCGAGAUGUUGGGGAGCCGAUUCGAAUGAUGUUGCACUAUGUCAACGAAUUUGUUCGCAAGUUUUGUAACUUAUUAUGUCUAUAUUUUCAGAAUCCGAACUCAAGUCAUCGCCAAUGUUGGAUCACAAUGGAUUUGUGCUUCACAAAGCUCUUACUAUCGCUAAAUAUGUGGCUGACAUCUCUGGUAUGUGUUAUGUAGUAAAUUUGGUUCAUUUUAUUUUGCAAGAAGUAUAGAUUUUGUCAAAAUUCAAACGUCUUUAUAAUGUUUUUUGGUUACCUUAUUCUUUUCAGGUCUUGUGGGUAAAUACAGGAAAGAGAACGCUGUGAUUGACGAGUUUAUGGAGAUUCACCUUGAAGAAAUGAAUGAUUUACAGUCAUUCUUGAAGGUACUCUUGGAAAAAGACGAACAUGACAAGGUAAAUGUUUCUUUACGUUUUGGUAUUCUAAUUCAAAAUGCUUUUUUUCUAGGCUUUGUGAUAAAAAACGUAAAGCUUCUUUGUUUUCUAGGGUUAAAGCAAUGAUUAUGAUUGGCCUUUACCACAAUAAGUAAUGUUAUAUUUGUUUUCAGAAACAGUUCAUCGAAGAAAUGGGGAUUUCUCUUGUUAAGCGCUAA